CAUGAGCCGGGCGGAGGCCGAGUCGUGCCCCCGGGCGCUGGCGCAGGCCCGCGUUUACCUGGGGCAGCUGCGGAGCCGCGUCUCCCCGGCGGGGCCCGAGGGCGGCGGGCGGCGGGACUACCUGGUGGAGGCGGCGCGGCAACUGCGGAUGGCGCUGGAGCGGGACGUCAGCGAGGACUACGAGGAGGCCUUCAACCACUACCAGAACGGCGUGGACGUGCUGCUCCGCGGCGUGCAGGGUGCGUGGAGCCUGCCCGAAGGGCGUGGGGGCCGGGGCAUCCCUCCGGGGAGAGCGGCAGGGCCAGUCCGGGCAGGGCCCUCCUUCCCAUCCUCCGGGAGAAUGACGAGGAGACCGGGACAUCCAUCAGAGGAAUGCGUUGACCCCAACAAGGAGCGUCGGGAGGCCGUGAAACGGAAGAUCACACAGUACUUGAGGCGUGCAGAGGAAAUCUUCAACUGCCACCUCCAGUGGGCUGCGAAGGGUGGCAACCCCACUGCCACGGGUUACAGCAGCCUGCGCUUCCGGCCCAUCAGGACGCUGAGCUCGGCAGUGGAGAACCUGAGGCGCUGCAAGGUUGUGGGAGUGAUUGAUAAGGUGCAGAUUGUCCAGGAUCCAGCCACUGGAGGGACCUUUGUGCUUAAGAGCCUCCCCAAAUCCCAUGUUGAGACCCGUGAGCGACAGACCAUCGUCCCCCACGGGGUGCCCUUCAUGGUCAAACUGUUGUGCUACUAUGUGAGCGAGGACUCCAUCUUCCUCCACCUGGAACACGUGCAGGGGGAGAUGCUGUGGUCUCACCUCCGCUCCAAGUACUGUGUCCAGCGGGACUCUGCUGAGUCAAGCACUGUCCAGGCCCUGAGGGACCGCGGUAGAGAGGACGGCGUGGGAAGCUCCCAGGGCAGCAGCCAAGUCUCCAUCUUCUCUGCUCGGACAGGCAGCAGCCUCCCAGGCUCUGUGACUCAGCAAGCAUUGGGAGCCACUGCUGCCUUGCCCUGCCAGGAGCAGUCCCCAGAGCCCAGGGGCCCAGAGAGCCGCUGCCAGCUCUGCCUGGCUCCCACCAGCAACGCGGGGGCUGUUCCUGGCGGGCAGCUCCUCAGCAUGACACAGACUGUGGCUGGAGGCCUGGUCUGUGUGCCAGCAGCGCCAGCCGAAGGCCCUGGCCACCUGCCCAGCCAGGGCCUGGUUGUGUACCCCUGGGACGCUUGCAGCAGCAGCACGGGCUGCGUGUCGGGGAGAGCAGCCCCCCAGGAAGACGCCAGGCUUCCCUCUGGGCCGCAGACUGUGCGAGGGGGCCCGCCAGGGGCAGGGCAACCACCACUUCAACAAGUGUCUGAGGUCCCCUGCACUCAGUCCCUCUUCACCCUGGCUCAGAGGCAGCUUCAUGCAGGAGUUGCCCCAUCUGACUCUGGCAAGCCCUGUGGGCCUGACCCAGCGGUGCUGGAGCCCUUUCAGGGAGGAAGCCUGACCUGUGGCCAGCUUGACCAGCAGCCACCACCAGGACAGCACAGGGCUUUGGCUUCCCAUGGGCAUGGCCAGAGAGCUUGGGCUGUGAAGGAGGAGCAGGUGCAACUAUGGGCAGCAGAAAUCCUUCUGGCCUUAGAGGGGCUUCACCAACAGGGUGUACUGUGCCGGGACCUCAACCCUAGGAACCUGCUGCUUGAUGCAGCUGGUCACGUCCGUCUCACCUUCUUUGGCCAGUGGACAGAGGUGGAGCCCCAGUACUGCAGCCAGGCGCAGGAAGAGCUGUACAGUGCCCCAGGUAAGGGAUGUGUCCUCUGCCUUCUGCCCUCUGCCCAGCGCCACCGACCAGCAAGAGGGGACUUUGGCAGGCAGUGGGAUGUGCUCAGCAUGGUGCAGCCACUGCUGCUCGCUGUCUCCAGCUCUAACACCUCUCUGGCUCUUUCUGCAGAAGUGGGGGGGAUUGCAGAGCCCACCGAAGCAGCUGACUGUUGGAGCUUUGGCUCUCUCUUGUAUGAAUUGCUGACAGGAGUGCCACUGUCCCAAAACCACCCUUCAGGGAUUCAACCUCACACCCUGCUGCAUCUGCCAGAGGGGCUCAGCAUGGCUGCUACAUCGCUGCUCACCGAGCUCCUGCAGUACAACCCGAAGCAGCGUUUGGGUUCUGGAGGAGGUGGCAUGGCAAAGCUGAAGUCCCACUCUUUCUUCAGCACUGUCCCGUGGAGCAGGCUGGUGGGCUAGGCAGGCUGUGCCCCCCCGGAAGCCGAGCACAGCCCCGGCCUGGCCUUUUGUGGCCUCAGGUGGCACUGACAGCUCUGCACGCUGGGGAUCUGGUCACAGGGGCUGCCACAGGGUGGGCUGUGCACGAGGCUUUGCAGCCUUACAUGUUCUGUCUGUGCUUGUGUUUGUUGGCAUGUCCAAGAGAGGAGACUGGGGUCUGGGUCAGGCUGUCUUCUCCUCUGAAUUCUCUGUGGUGGGCAAAGGAGCCCAGGUGCCCACCCCUGGGGCAAGGCCAUGCUCCCCUUCAGGGGCACCCCUUGCUCAACUUAGCACUGCACCCUGGGACUCCCUGCCUAUGUUUUUUCUCUCUGCUGCUACUACAGUGACUCCCCUGCCCUGUUAUUUUUUAUUGUGGCUUUUGUCUCCUCUGGGUCCCACUGACUGGGGCCCAAGUCCAGGGCCUGUGCCCAUCCCUGCCUGCAUGUGGGUAGUGCCAGUUGUGGGGGUGAGACAGGAGGGAGCCCUCUGCUCUUCUCCCCUGGCGCUCUGGAAAAAAUA